AUGUCGCAAAAAAGACCAACCAUUGUCCCGUACCGCCAAAUCAGAGCCCAGUACGACGACACCACAAUCACCGUCUACCAGGCCUUUUCCCCUUCCAUCGCCACUGCCGCUGUCGCCGCGCAGCGUCUCGACGCCUCGCCUGACUUCAAGCACGGCCGCAUGACUUGGGUCAAGCCCAGCUGGGCCUGGAUCAUGUACCGCGCCGGCUACUCCUACAAGGACGCCCGCCAGGCUCGCAUCCUCGCCUUGCGCGUCACACACGAGCACUUUCUCGGUCUCUUGCAGCGCGGCGUCCUUUCCCACGGCGAGACUGUAGCAGCGACAACCGCCGCCGCGACCAGGAUCAGAACGGCGCCGGGCCGCAACGACAUCGUUCGCAUUCAGUGGGACCCGGAGCGCACACCGGCACUGCAGAGGCUGCCGUACCGCAGUAUCCAGAUUGGCAUCCCGGGCAGCCUGAGCGAGCGCUGGGUGAGCGAGUGGAUCGUCUCUAUAGAGGACGUCACGGAGACGGCAAAGGACCUCAAGAGGACGCUGGAUGAGAACGACCAUGUGCCACUCGAGCUGCUGAUUGCGCGGGGUCUCGUUCCUGUCGAGAGGCCGUUUGCUGUCCCCGAUAGCAUCAUGACCAAGUUGGGCAUGACACGACCAGAUCAGAGUCCUUGA